AUGUCGAAUGCCUUGACCAGCUUGAGUUUCAUUCUUCUCUGCACUCCACUUACUAUUCCUCUAUUUGGUUUAAUUCUUCUCUGCACUCCACUUACUAUUCCUCUAUUUGGUUUCAUUCUUCUCUACACUCCACUUACUAUUCCUCUAUUUGGUUUCAUUCUUCUCUGCACUCCACUUACUAUUCCUCUAUUUGGUUUCAUUCUUCUCUGCACUCCACUUACUAUUCCUCUAUUUGGUUUCAUUCUUCUCUGCACUCCACUUACUAUUCCUCUAUUUGGUUUCAUUCUUCUCUGCACUCCACUUACUAUUCCUCUAUUUGGUUUCAUUCUUCUCUGCACUCCACUUACUAUUCCUCUAUUUGGUUUCAUUCUUCUCUGCACUCCACUUACUAUUCCUCUAUUUGGUUUCAUUCUUCUCUGCACUCCACUUACUAUUCCUCUAUUUGGUUUCAUUCUUCUCUGCACUCCACUUACUAUUCCUCUAUUUGGUUUCAUUCUUCUCUGCACUCCACUUACUAUUCCUCUAUUUGGUUUCAUUCUUCUCUGCACUCCACUUACUAUUCCUCUAUUUGGUUUAAUUCUUCUCUACACUCCACUUACUAUUCCUCUAUUUGGUUUCAUUCUUCUCUGCACUCCACUUACUAUUCCUCUAUUUGGUUUCAUUCUUCUCUGCACUCCACUUACUAUUCCUCUAUUUGGUUUCAUUCUUCUCUGCACUCCACUUACUAUUCCUCUAUUUGGUUUCAUUCUUCUCUGCACUCCACUUACUAUUCCUCUAUUUGGUUUCAUUCUUCUCUGCACUCCACUUACUAUUCCUCUAUUUGGUUUCAUUCUUCUCUGCACUCCACUUACUAUUCCUCUAUUUGGUUUCAUUCUUCUCUGCACUCCACUUACUAUUCCUCUAUUUGGUUUCAUUCUUCUCUGCACUCCACUUACUAUUCCUCUAUUUGGUUUCAUUCUUCUCUGCACUCCACUUACUAUUCCUCUAUUUGGUUUCAUUCUUCUCUGCACUCCACUUACUAUUCCUCUAUUUGGUUUCAUUCUUCUCUGCACUCCACUUACUAUUCCUCUAUUUGGUUUCAUUCUUCUCUAUGCUCCACUUACUAUUCCUCUAUUUGAGCUAACAGAUGAAGGAAAGAGAGGUGGUGACAUUGGUAAUAAAACUGAAGCCAAUGAACAGAAAUGCAUUAUUUUGUUAAAAGCCGAUGCAUAUCCAGUCAUCAAUGAUAUGGCUUCAUUGAAACCAUUACCAAACAAAAUUCGCUCAAGAGAAGCCAAAUAA